GGGCUUCGUGGGCGGGGUGAGCGCAGCCAUGGCGGCGGCGGCCGGAGCGGCGCGUGUGUCCAGCGGGCGCGACCUGAGCUGCGUCCCUGAGGUGGCGGGAGCGCUGGGAACCGCGGCCGGGCACGGGUUCGACUUCCUGUGCGUCCCCCUGUUCCACCCCCGGUACCGACGGGAGUUCCUGAGGGACCCGGCCAAGAGGCGCCCGGGACCCCAAACGCGCUCGGACCUGCUGCUGUCGGGGAGAGACUGGAACACCCUGAUUGUGGGGAAGAUCUCGGGCUGGAUCCGGCCCGACCGCCCCCUCCAGGCCGGGAGGAGCAACGCUGAGGCCGCCCUGCGGCAGGAACUGGAUUUCGGGGGGUACCUGGGGGUCCCCGCCUUCCUGUUGCCCCUACGGGAGGGGGAUGGGCCCAACCUGGCCCGGGGGCUCAGCGCCUUCCUGCUGGGCCAGCAGGGGGCGGCGGUGUGGGUCCAGGUCCCCCUAUUGGCCCCCGAGGACCAACGAGAUGACGUCAUCAGCAACGACCCAGCGCCCCCUAUAGGGCCGGAGGCCGAGGAGAAGACCUGGCGCUGGUGGAACGAUUUCCGGACCCUCUGCGACUACAACAAGCGCCUGGGGGUCGCGCUGGAGGUGGGUCCUGAUUUGCCGUCGGGCGCCGCCAUCGACCGCUGGUUGGGCGAACCCCUGCGGGCGGCCAUCUUGCCCACCAGCCUGUUCCUGACCAAUAAGAAGGGGUUUCCGGUGUUGUCCCGCCCCCACCAGAGGCUGCUGGGAAGGCUGCUGAAGUUGGAGGUGCAGGUGGUGCUGACGGGCGCCCCGCGGCAUGCUGGGAAGCCGCUCGGGGCCUACCUGCAGUACCUGGAGCACGUGGGGCAGCAGCGCCCCCCCCCCUCGGCCUACGAGCUGUUCGCCCGCGGCUACGAGGACUAUCUGCAGAGCCCCCUGCAGCCCUUAAUGGACAACCUGGAGUCUCAGACCUACGAGGUGUUCGAGAAGGACCCAAUCAAAUACGCCCAAUACCAGCAGGCCAUCUAUAGGUGUUUGAUGGACAGAGUGAGCGACGCCGAGAAGGAGACGAACGUGCAGGUGGUGAUGGUCCUGGGCGCCGGCCGCGGCCCAUUGGUCAACGCCACGUUACGGGCGGCCAAUCAGGCGGAGCGCCGCGUCCGUAUCUACGCCGUGGAGAAGAACCCCAACGCCGUGGUCACGCUGGAGAGCUGGCAGUACGAGGAGUGGGGGGCGCGGGUGCGCGUGGUCCCGCGGGACAUGAGGGGCUGGGACCCCCCCGAGGGCGCCGACCUGUUGGUGUCCGAGCUGCUGGGGUCGUUUGGGGACAACGAGCUGGCGCCCGAGUGCCUGGACGGGGCCCAGAAGUGCCUGAAAGCGGGAGGCGUGUCCAUCCCCGGCUCCUAUUGCUCGUUCCUCGCCCCCGUCUGCUCCCCCAAACUGCACACGGAGGUUCGGGGCUGCAGGGAGCCCGACCGGCACCCCCAGGCCCAGUUUGAGACCCCCUACGUGGUUCGGCUCCACAACUUCCACCAACUGGCUCCUCCCCAGCGCUGCUUCGAGUUCCAGCACCCGAACCCAGACCCCGCCCCCGACAACAACCGCUUCCGGCACUUGUCCUUCCGGGUCGGGGUCAACACCGUCCUGCACGGAUUCGCCGGCUACUUCGAGACCACGCUCUAUGGGGACAUCACCCUCAGUAUCCGCCCGGAAACGCACUCCCCGGGGAUGUUCUCCUGGUUCCCCAUCUUCUUCCCUAUCAAGCAACCAAUGGCGGUGCGGGCCGGCGAGGAGGUGGGCGUGGCCUUCUGGCGCCUGGCCACGCCCAAGAAGGUUUGGUACGAGUGGGCCGUGACGGCGCCGGCCUGCUCGGCCCUUCACAACCCCACAGGCCGCUCCUACACCAUCGGCCUGUGAUCGAGCGGCCAAAACACCCCCUUUUAAUCAAUAAAAGCCCAUUAAACGUGA